UUAUUAUUAUUAUUAUUAUUAUUAUUACUAUUACAUUUCUUAGCAGACGCCCUUAUCCAGGGCGACUUACAAUUAUUACAAUAUAUUGCAUUAUUUUUACAUACAAUUACCCAUUUAUACAGCUGGGUUUUUACUGGAGCAAUCUAGGUAAAGUACCUUGCGUGUUCUGAAUAUUGUACUGUGUUUAUGUGACAAUAAAUUAGUAACUGCUUAUUUAUUAUGUCUCAAUUUAUCAGGUGUUCAUAAAGCCUAAAAUGCUUUUUGAUUUGUUUACCUUAACUGUAGUGGUACUGUACAUUUAACAAAAAUAAUAGUUCCUUUCCUGUAUAUAGUAGAGUAGAACCUCAGAGUUACGAACACCAAACUUAUGAACUGACCGGUCUACUGAACACCCCACUUUCAACCGGAAUUAUGCAGUUGCUCAACCAUGUGUACAAUGCAACAGAUGGACACUCCUAUAAGCGGUGUGCUUGUCAUAAAGGUGGCAAAAUGACUGUACCAACAAAUGUAUCCAGACAAAGGUGAGGCAGAUUUUACGAAGAACAUUUAAGUUUUAAACAAAGCACUCUUUUUUCCCCCACCCCCAAGGCAGAAUGACUGAGCAAGCUGCAUGAAUGUAUUUUAUUUAAAAACAUGCACUUCGUUAACCCAGGUUUUCCUGGAAGUUUUAAAUCUGUGUUUUUGCUGCAGUUACAAUUUCAAAAGUGAUUUUCAGAGUUACGACUAACCUCCAUUCCCAAGGUGUUUGUAUCUCUGACUAGGCUGUACUGUACUGACUGUGAAGUGUUGCCAUGGGAACCCAGGGUUGCAUAUAACUUAUCAACUUUAGAGACCAUGUUUAUUCUACAAGGUUAUUUUCAACGUGGAGCUCUUGAUAUUAAGGUAAGGUUAGCAGUUUCUUGUUAUUUUAAGUUAAGAGUUAAGAACAUACAUAAUUUAUUCUAAUACAAAGAGCCCGAUUUGCAAAACAUUAGGGCUUUUUUAUGGAAUAUUUCUUAAGGACUUUCAUUCUUUUUUGAUGAAUUCAAUUAAGCUUGCAGUUCACCUGUUUUAGAGGAUUUUCUGUUAAUUUUAUGUAUCUAAGGUGACUUACAAGUGUUACAGGAUAAUACAAGGUUACAAUGCAAAACAAUAUUUAAAUACAGUAUAGUUUACAGUAAGUGCAAAUUAUACUAGCAUAGAGUAUAAUAAGAUGCAACAAGUAAUGAUUAAACAAUGUGUAUAUAUACAAUGGCAUAUAGUGCUUCAGCUGAAAAUCCAGUAACAUGGUGCUUAGGUCAGGUGAGUACAGUACACAGUAGGAGUACCCUAAAACUGUGUUAGUGUUACUACAAGGACACUUGAACUUAUUGUACGCUACAAUUACGUAUACAAUAUUUGUUUGAUAACAGGAUUUCAAAAUGAAGAUUUCUGCUGUUUAUGUUAGUGUACAUGGAUUGUAUGCAUAUAGCUGUGUUCCAAAGCCUGUAUAUUAAAAUACAAAAAAAAAAGCUUGCACGAAGCGUGCAUUUAAAAAUAGAGUGAAUUGCUGAUUAAAUGCUGCACGUCAGAGAAUGACACAAUUGUAAAUGUACCCGUUCCAUAAGAGUGCAUUGUAAUGGCUCAAUGCUUAGUGUCAGUGUUAUUGAAUCAAAAUGGUGUUGGUGAACUUGCUGUUCUGCAACAGUGCGUUGCUAAGCUUUCUCUCUGAGGCACAAAGGUUGAAGUAACUUCUCCAAAAGUGACACAGUGGUUUAACUACCAAUGUGUUUUUUUUUUUUUUUUUUUUUUUAACCUGAAUUGUUAUGACUUGCCUCUUUUGAAGUAUGAUGAAAUAGUAUUUAUUAUUAUUAUUAUUAUUAUUAUUAUUAUUAUUAUUAUUAUUAUUAUUAUUAUUAUUAACAUUAGUUUUACAGGCCUAGCAUGGAAAAGGUAUUUGAAACCAUUUCAGUCAGCCUGUCUGUGCAGGUACCAAGAAGCCAAGACUGUGCAGAUGGUGUUUCCAGUAAAGAAGAGGAAGGCCAAACAGGAGGCAGGGUACAACCCCGAUCAAAGAUUGUGAUCUGCAAGAUACAGCAGGAAAAAAAAAAACGCUUUAUUUAUAAAAGAAAAUGAUGUGAAGCAGCAUUUGCGGAAAGCACAACAGAGCUGGCAUACAUUGUUAAAGCCUCUGCUUGUGUUUUUGGGGUGGUGGUGCAAUUCAUCUCUCUUCAGAGUUCAGCAAGAACAUCAUCUGUGAUAACCCAGAGUGUAUGAGUCCCGUUCUCCAACGCCACCCCUUUGGUCUGGAGCUUGUGGAGCCAGUAUUGCUUUCUUUACCAUACAACUUGCUAGGUGUCAGAGGGCCAGCUAAAGAAAUAGUAGCAAAAACGGGUGAUGAUGGAAUAAACUGGGAGUCAAAUUUCCCUGUCACCACUGAUAAUGUGUUUAAAAAUCACAAGAUACGGUAUUUAAAGGAGUGUCUUUUCUUGAACCCAUUUACACCUGUGCCAAAUGUGUUUCAAAAGCAUUGGGGGGAUUUAAAGCAAGAGUGGGAUGAAUGCAUACAGUGUUAAGUGCUAUAUAUCAGUUGCCACUGUGUUAAAUUAUUGCACCUUUGAAACCAUUUACUGUUGCUCAUGGGUACUAUGUAUUGUUGCAUAUUUAUUUUUAAAUACUUACAACAGUUCCUUUAUAUAAUAUUUACAUGUGCUGUGUUAUUAAUCCAUCGCUCAAAGCAACCUAUUCUCAAAGCAUUUUGAGAUGUAAAAAAACCUCGACAAAAUUGUUUGCUUCUAUUGUAAAAUUGUAGCCUAAUCUACUGUAAGAAACCUUUCAUUAGGGCAGGGGUCUCCAAUCCUGUUCCUGGUUUUUGUUCCAACCAUACCCUAAAUUACUUAAUUGGAGAAAUUAAGUGCUUAUUAGAAAUAUAAUUGGCCCAAUUAAUUGAUUUAGGGUACAGUUGGAACACAAACCUGGAGGGACACCGGCCCUCCAGGACCAGGAUUGGAGACCCCUGCAUUAGGGUCUUGAGUGGCUUACAUAGUAAAAGCACUUGUAAUUUGAAAUGGCUGAGGCGUCUCUUUUUUGUACUUCUCUAAACAUAACCUCAAUUCUGAGUAAACUGUCACAGACAGUUUGCUCAGCACACUGUUGUUUUCUGUUUUCUUUCCAUGGAAGUGCUCUGAAAGACGAAUAAGCACAUCACUUUGUUUCGCUCUGAAGUGUGUAAUGAGUAAAUAAUUACCCUACCAAUGAUAAGCAGCUGUGAGAUCUUUAUUACUUUCUGAUCUGAUGUGCCUUUCCGGGUUUCUUUGCAGAGAUCGCACUCAAUAAAUUGAAGUUUGUUGUAUUGUCCUGUACUUUAACAAAGAGACAGUUAGAACCUGGUCCAUCCAAGUCAGCAGUUGAUCCAAGAAUAUGCAUUAAUGUUGCAAAUGGGCUAACCAUACAAAAGCCUUUUAUACUAGAGGUAUGAAUAGGUAUAAUCCAUUCUGUGUCUCUACUCUGUUUUUGAUGUUACAUCAUUGCAGCAUGGUUUCCUUCUUCUUUUCCUCUGGAGGGACAUGUUGCAUGCAAAUCUUACAUUCAACUAUGUUCCGUGCCAGCCACAGCGGGCAUCUUUCUGUAUAUUGAAUUUGGUUGUUAACCUUGAUCCUCUGGUAUUUUUAAUGCAAAUCUAGAUGAUACAAACGUAAUGUGUUGUGUAUGUAUUAUAGUACCAGAAAAGCCAGGAAUUGUUUACUUUGCAACUUAUCCAGAUACAUUAAGUGUAUUAAAAUGAGUUUUUAAUAACACUGCAUGGAUUACACUAAUUGGAUUAAUAAAGAGUUAAAGGAUGACAUUAUUUAGAUCUGCCACAGUUUUGAUCUAGAUAAUAAAAAAAAAAUUAAAAAGCGAGGUUUCCUUUGAGCUGAUGUUGCAGUGCUUCUAUUUGAUUAAAACACUUAGGCAUGUCCAAAAUCAGCCUUACUGUCCAAAAUCUUUAGAAAUGUAAUUUUGCUAAUUAAAAUUACUAAAACUAAAAUAGAACAAGUUUCUGUACUGCUUGAACAUACCUUAAAGCUGAAACAGGUGUGCAUUGUUAUUAGUAAGCCAUGUGAACAGCCAGACCUCAUCAGGAUUCAGUGCUGCCCAUUGGAGGAAGUGGAAGCUUGGCAAUUAAAGCAGAUUGGGUAUAGUGGCCUACAUGGACAAAGGGCAAGCAAGGCUUUCCUUUUGGCAGAGGCACAGGGACUGGUAAUAAGGUUCUCCAAAAUGGCAACAUUGCAGCCAGUGUAGAUGGCAAUGCAGACCCCAAAAUCAUUUUCCAUUACCAUCGUCCAAACCAAGUGGAGUUGCAGGUUAAAGAAAAAGACCAGUAUGGAAAUUACUUUUACAAAGGUUUGGUGGAAAGCUAGACAAGGGAACCAGCCCAAAGCAGUGUGGAAAUGAUUGUGUGUGUUUUGCCAACUACUAUUCCUAAGGGAGGACAGCAGCUGAGCUACGGGCAAACUGCAAACAAGAAACGGGUGAACCCUCACAGGACUUCCCGGAAUUCACCUUCCGCUUGCUUCAGCUAAACAACAUAUUCAACAGAACAAAGCGAGACUGGUUUUGCCGCGAGUAGAAUCAGAACGCACAGACCGUUUUUAACGUGACACCACAACUGCAUCAGCAUCAUCACAUACUACGGCAUUGGAAGCAGCAGCAAGCAUCAAUUCCUGCAGCGAAAGACAUGCUCUCAAGACAGUAAAUCCCUGGUAAUACCUGGUAAAGAGAAGGUAACAUAUUGUCAGGCUGCUUCUACUCCACGAAUGGAAUAAUGCCCUUUAAGUUGAGACUGGCAUCCUGAGGUUCUAUUAUCUGAGGAAAGAUAGCUGGGGUGUCAAUGGCGAAUCAACAACGUGCCCACCAUCUCAGAACCAUGAGUUCAGAGGAGAAAACUCCUGUCCACAAAACAUCAACACCGACACAUAAGAGUGGCUCUUCGACUUCUUCCCACAGAGACAGUCGGCAGUGCACUGUGCUGUUAGAAGGAAGUGACUCUUCUGAUAGUGAUGUCUUUCUCAGCGAUACGAUGCCAGAUACUGAGAGCAUCUCUCUCGUGAAGGAGGGAGACAGCUGGGAGAUCGUUGAGGGCCUGAAGAUUGGGCAAACAAAUGUCCAGAAGCCAGAAAAACAUGAAGGCUUCAUGCUGAAGAAGCGAAAGUGGCCCUUGAAAGGCUGGCAUAAGAGAUUUUUUGUGUUGGAUAACGGAAUCUUGAAGUACUCCAAGUCUCCCAUUGAUAUUCAGAAAGGCAAAUUGCAUGGAAGUAUUGAUAUUGGUUUGUCGGUGAUGUCAAUAAAAAAGAAGGCUCGGAGAAUUGACCUCGACACGGAAGAACACAUCUAUCAUUUGAAGGUCAAAUCCCAAGAAGUUUUUGAUGCAUGGGUGUCAAAGCUCCGACACCACCGCUUGUACCGGCAGAAUGAAAUUGUGCGAUCGCCCAGAGAUGCCCCUUUUCACAUGUUUCCUUCACCUAAUUCAGAAUUGGCAACGAAUGCAGCCGGAUCCGAAGGAAAGACAAAGCCGAAAACCUUACCUUGGCAGCCUCCCAUUCCCAGCACCAGUAGCUUACCUGCAUCAUACAGCAAUGGACAAAGCAAAGUGGCUGCUUGGCUACAAGAAUCUGAAGAGAUGGACAAGUGUGCAGAAGAGCUUGCAAACUGUCAGUCAGGCCUUGUGGAACUGAGCAGACUACUACAAAAUCUUGAAAUUCUGCAGAGGACGCAGUCUGCACCCAACUUCACUGACAUGCAGGCUAAUUGUGUAGAUAUAACAAAGAAAGACAAGCGACUGAGCAGAAGAUGGAGAACAAAAAGUGUCAGCAAAGAUACAAAAAUGCAACUUAAGAUUCCUUUAAGUGCUUCAAUGACCCCAGUUCGUUUGCACUCAUCCAAUCCCAACCUCUGUGCCGAUCUAGUGGAUUUUCAACCUCCUGUGAGCAGGCUUGCUGACACACUUGAGUGUGCCACAGACUACAUCAAGCUGCAGGAGGAGUACUGUCUAAUUGCACAGAAAGUCCAUUCUCUGCUGAAAUCUGCCUUCAAUACUGUAGCAAUAGAAAAGGAGAAGAUAAAGCAGCUCAUCUCUGAGCAGGAGCAGGCGGGCCACACUGCCCAGAUUGUGACGCUGAAGAGGUCUUUAUCACAGGCUCUGACACAGAAUGCUGAACUGAUGACUCGUCUUCACCGAAUACACUCAGAAUCGGUUCUGUCUGAGCAGGUUGUCAGUGUAAAUAUCAUCCCCAGCACUGACGAGCCCAAUGAACAGAUCCAUGUCAGCCUCCCACUGACACAGCAAGCCUCCAACGAGAGCAGGCUGUCCAUGUCAGAAUCCGUUUCGGAAUUCUUUGAUGCCCAAGAAGUGCUGUUAUCAGCAAGCUCAUCAGAGAAUGAGGGAUCAGAUGAUGAAUCAUAUGUCAGUGAUGUCAGUGACAACUUUUCAGAGGACAAUGCCAGCGUUGCAGAUAACAGGCCAAUACCAAACGGUGGCCUAGCCGGGGGUGGAUUCCGCAAUGGCCGGCGCACGUGCCUCCCUGCCCCCUCUCCAGAUACCAGCAACAUAAACCUGUGGAACAUCCUGAGGAACAACAUUGGCAAGGACCUGUCCAAGGUGUCCAUGCCAGUGGAGCUAAAUGAGCCUCUCAACACCCUCCAGCAUCUCUGUGAGGAGCUGGAAUACACAGAGCUGCUGGACAAGGCUGCUGAGACGGAGGAUCCGUAUGAGCGCAUGAUCCUUAUUGCUGCUUUCGCAGUUUCCGGAUAUUCUUCGACAUACUACAGAGCAGGCAGUAAACCUUUUAACCCUGUUCUUGGAGAGACCUAUGAAUGUAUAAGGGAAGAUAAGGGUUUGUGCUUUUUUGCAGAGCAGGUUAGCCACCACCCACCCAUCUCAGCAUGCCACUGUGAAUCCAAGAAAUUUACUUUUUGGCAAGAUAUCAGAUGGAAAAAUAAGUUCUGGGGGAAAUCCAUGGAAAUACUCCCCAUAGGAAUCGUGAAUGUCGCACUUCCAAAGUAUGGCGAUCACUAUGAAUGGAACAAAGUCACUACCUGCAUACACAACAUCCUCAGCGGUAGAAGAUGGAUAGAACAUUAUGGAGAAAUAACAAUAAGAAAUACGAAAAGCAGCCUGUGUAUUUGUAAACUCACUUUCGUUAAGGGAAACUACUGGAGUUCAAGCGUGAAUGAAGUCCAAGGUUUUGUGAUGGACCAGGAAGGGAAGGUGGUGCAUCGGCUGUUUGGGAAGUGGCAUGAAGGGCUAUACUGUGGCGUUGCACCUUCUGCAAAAUGUAUAUGGAGGCCAGGCUCCAUGCCAACGGAUUACGAGAUGUAUUACGGCUUCACAAGAUUUGCUAUAGAACUUAAUGAGCUGUGCCCGACGAUUAAAGAUCUUAUUCCUCCAACCGACGCUCGUUUUAGACCGGAUCAGAGAUUUCUUGAAGAAGGGAAUGUAGAAGCUGCAACCAAUGAAAAGCAAAGGAUAGAGGAUCUGCAGAGAUCAAGGAGAAGAUGCAUAGAGGAAAACAAUAUCGAGUAUCAACCACGUUUUUUCAAGAAAGUGAUUGAUGCCAAUCAGAGAGAAAAGUGGGUAACCAACAACACCUACUGGGAACUACGGAAAGUCCCUGGUUUCAGUACAUUGGAAAACCCUCAGCUUUGGUAACAUCUGGGUGGUUUGUGUUCAACGCUUUGUUUCUCACAAAGAAGCUUUUACCUAUGCACAAUUAUUGCAGUUUCAUAUUUUCAGUUCAGUAUCCUUUUUUUUUUUUUUUUGGUUGUGGGAAUAAGGAUAUUCUUCAAAACCCUACCAUUCUGCUUCAAGAAAGGUCUUAACAGAACAACAUCACAACUCCCUUGCAUCAGGGGCAAUGUUUACCAAACAGCUAUUGCUGUUGUCACAGAUAUUCCCUGAACUGACAUGCAGAAAGUUGUCUGGGUGAGGACGGGACUAGAAGUUACAGUCUUUGCCUUAAAACACAAUGAAUGCAUUUUGCAGACAUGUUAAACGCAUAUGAUUUAAGCUUUACUAAAGCUCUAUGAUUUAGUAGGAUGUAGAAUAUGUGAAUAUCAGUUACCUGUAUUUUAAAAGUAUGCACAGCAUGUUUCGAGGGUGGCAGUCAUCAACCUAAGUUAUAUUGAAUUAACAUGUGCAAUGGUUCUUCUAAAAAGCAGCAUCAGUAGGACUAAAAUAUAUUUUAUAUUUAUGAAAAAAAUGUAAUCCAACAUUUUAAGCAAAAGUAGAAGUAAAAACGAACACGUUUGUUGAGUAAUCUUGAUGUUACUAAUGAUCGUGGGUUGAUAUAAACUUUGUAGUUUAUAUUCAGCAAGAUAUGUUAUAGCCAAAUUCUUGUAAAUACCUUUUUAAUCAAAUUCAAGAAUAAGCAUAGUAUAUAUCGGUUGUAAUAAAUUAGCGACAAGCAAGUUUUAUUUUCAGAUACUCAUACAGGGUAGCGGUUUGUCAAUGCUUGCUUGUUUCAUAUCAUCAAGACCAGGUAAUCCUAUGCUGGAUCUGAACAUGCGAUCAAUAAAGGCAGGAACUAAGCCUGUUACCUACCAAGCACCUAACAAUGUUUUGAGUUCAGAACAUAAUGAUAUAUUUUUAAAACUAGAAUAGAAAGUCAUAACCAGUACUUGCAUCCAUGUUUGCUUGAACCCCAAGCAAAUAAAUAAAUAAAUAAAUAAAUUCACCGGCUGGCCGGAAUUAUGUGUUACCUAAACGAAAAAAGAAAAAAAAACUUAAACAUACAGUAACAUGUAAAUAUAAUCACCUUGUGUUAUGUGCUUCUGGAAUUUCUAGUUCUGCCUUGUGUCUAUGGUAUAUGUGGCAGUUCUCUGGUUCAGCGUUUGCAGCUGAAUUGCACAAGUGAAGUCACCUGUGCUGACUGCAAAUGUAACUCUUACUGAGCCACCAACACUACACAAUUAAAGUCUCUCAUUUAUCGGUAGACCAUGACCAGCUCUGCUUACCUUCCGAGAUCUCACAAGGUCAAAGUGCAAGUAGGCACAAGGGAAUUAUGGGCUGAUGACAUUUUUCUUUGAUCCUUUUGUCCUGUUACUUUUAGCUGCAUUUCAAUUUCUAGUGAAUGCUUAUAAAGUCUCUCAUCCCUAGAGAGAAUAUGGCUGUGGGGAAUCAUAUAUUUAUGACAGCGAACACAUAAAUCUUUUUUUCUAUACCUUUUUUAAAGAGUAGGUUAUUUAAGAAAAGCUUUUUAACGACUGUAUUUAAUUUCAGCUGUAACAUGCAUAUUGGGCAUUCUUUCAUUAAGUGAAUGGUCGCUGUGAUACAGUAUCUGGUUAAGUGAAUGAUCGCUGUGAUACAGUAUCUGGAAUGUAUAACUCAAGCUUAGAUGAUCUUUGUUCUUUCAAACCUAUUUCACAUGGAAUAUGCAAUAAUUGGUUUAAUUGGCAGUCAUUUUAAAAGUGGUUGUUUGCUGCAGUUCAAGGACCCCAAGGGGAAAAAAUUGUUACACUUCAUCUGUAUGUAUUAUACUUUUUAGUCUUAAACACUAUACUGUCCAAGCACCACAUGUGGUGACAGGUAUCCCUUUUAUAAUCUGGAACGAUCUUAUCAUUACCAUAUUUAUUUUACAAAACUUCCAAUAUACAUUUUUACAUUAAAGUGUAAACUAUAUUAUUAUUAUUUGUUUAUUUAGCAGACGCCUUUAUCCAAGGCGACUUACAGAGACUUGGGUGUGUGAACUAUGAAUCAGCUGCAGAGUCACUUACAAUUACGUCUCACCUGAAAGACGGAGCACAAGGAGGUUAAGUGACUUGCUCAGGGUCACACAAUGAGUCAGUGGUUGAGCCGGGAUUUGAACCGGGGACCUUCUGGUUACAAGCCCUUUUCUUUAACAUGUACUUAUUUAUCUACCAUGUCAUAUUGUAAGUUUCUUUGUAACAAUUCCACUUGAUGUGCCUUAAAGCGAUAAUUACUGGUACCAGUAUUUAGAGAAUUUAGAGAAUUCUCCAUGUCAAAGCACCAGUAUGAGCACCUUUAGUGUGGUCCAACCCAGAAAUAAAUACUGUACAAUGCUGUUCUGCUGAGUACUAGAAAAAAUAAUAUUUAAACUGAGUAACAGUCUCCUGUUCCCAAAUACAGCUUAUUAAAAGCCUGUUGUAAUUGAGGACUAUAUUCCAGUUAAACAGGCCAAAUUUUUCUUCUGUAUGUUUUUGGAAAUACACUGCGGGUUUAAUUUCAUGAUUUAUAAGAUCAAUGACAAACAUUUCAACUAGAAAUCUUUUCUGUUAGUAUUGCUAUCGAAUGCUUAAUAGUUAGGGAUGAUUUAUCAGAGGAAUCAGCUUUUCUGAAAAUGCAGUUCUUUCUGCAGCUGUGUUCAUUCUCAUACAGCUUGGUAUAGGAGCCUAACACAUCAGGUGCAUGCUUAUUCAUUUGGUUGUACUGAAAAUACGUUUGGAACAAAACAGUAUAAAUAAAAACACAGUCAGUUUAAAUAAAAAGUAUUCCUCCAGAUACUGGUGUUUAUUUGUGCUUCGUUUUCUUAAAAAAGAAAAACUGUCCCAUGCUUUUUUGUGGGACCAAAAUGUAUACAUCAAGCGCAAUCACUCCAAGCAAUUAAACCUAACAAAUGGCCUCUUAGGUACUGUGUAAUCCAUUACAAUAUCUAUUAUUUACACUAGUUAUGUACUUUUGCUUAAAGUCUUUUGCAAUACAAUGACGGCAAAUAUGUUUAAAUGCAAAGAUAUCAACUACAGGUUAAGGUUAGUUCUGUUACGGUAGCAGAGAGAAUUUAUUUUUUGUUUCCGACACAAGGUUAUUCCCCUGUUGUGAAAAUUAUAAAUGCAUGUGCACAUGACAAGCCUGCCAAUGAAUGUUGCAAAUGCCUUAUGAAAAGGUUGAUUUUUUCUAUUAUUAUUUAAAUGUUAUAGAGUGUCACACAGUGCUGUGUUGGACAGUCUUAAGAUAAAUAUUUAAGUCAAUUUUCCAAUGGAUAUCUCUGAAGAAGUGCAAUUGUAUAAUUACUACAUAUACAUAUCUUCCCAUGACCUCUCUGUACACUGCUGCUAUCUAGUGCUUGUUCUAAUAAAAAUGUAUAACAGAAUCUGGACUUGUUUUUUUGUGUGUAUGUUAGCCUGACACACAGGAGCUACAAAUAUAAUAUCAAUAGAUACAUGCACUUGUUUGUUUAGCUUUGUGGUGAUACUACAGAGGUUAGAACAGUUUUGGACCAGUGAUAUACAGUAUUGCACAUUUUACAAUUACUUUGACCUUGUGUAGUAUUAAAAUGGACAUCUAGCGCUAGAAGAAAAUGCAUAAUGUGCAAUAUUGGUAAGACUACAAUCUAAUGUGAAAGUGCAAUAUCCCUUUUUUAUUAUUACCAAAUUAAAAUAAAUGUAUUAGGUCUGAAUAUGUAAUAAACAAGACAAUCAUAUCUGCAUGCAAUACUGUAUAAAUUAGUACGAAUGCAAAGAAAGAACAGAAUUAAACCAUGCAGUCAAGGACAUUCCAAUUUCCUUUUGAUUCUACGAUAAAUCUAAAUACCGGUAGAUGUACUUUUACUGCAGUUCCCAGUGUCCCAAGAAGCCCAAUUUAUACAGCAGCUAUAAUGUCUCUUAAUAACUGAAUUAAGUGGGCAGUGUGUUACCAUUAUCACAACAAAUCAACACAGAGGAGACAUUCAAUUUAGCUGUCAUUUUAAGCAACCUUUUUAUUUAAAAACGUUCCACAACAUACAAUAAAAUAAAAGUAUGCCACAGCGAAAACAUUGUCACAUGUUGUGUUUUAUGAAAAUGUUCCAGCAGUCCUACGGCAGUCCUCACACAGCUGAACAUCGUUGCAUACUGCAUUCACAUUUAAAGAACCAGUAAAGUCCAACUAAGUAUUU